CCUCCGCCCUCAUUCCAGUAGGAGUCUCUCAAAAGCCACUGUUUCUGUGUUUAGCCGUAUUAGCCAACCAGAGUCAGCGGGAGGACCGAGUCUGAGAGAGUGGAUGCUAAUUGGUUGGGGCUCCCAGCCUGCCCGUUGGCAGGAGUUUGGCGGCCGGGUUUAGACACCUCCAGGUGAGGGUGUACGAACGUGCAUUCCUGAGGUUCUUUUAGACAGCCUCGCGAUCGUCCCUGAGCAAUUUUCCCGAAACAAACAUCUCCUGCCCUAGCAACUCAGUGAUCCCUGGGAUCUCAGGUCGCGGAAAUCAACCUCCAGCUCUGGGUCUGUAACCUGUAAAGUCGGGAUGGGCCCCGCAGAGGGGGCAGCGAGGCCGGGGCGCUUCUUUGGCGUCUACCUGCUCUACUGCCUGAACCCUCGGAAUCGGGGCCGUGUGUACGUGGGGUUCACGGUCAACCCUGCUCGUAGGGUGCAGCAGCACAACGGAGGCCGCAAAAAAGGCGGGGCCUGGCGGACAAGUGGGAGAGGGCCCUGGGAAAUGGUGCUCGUCGUGCAUGGGUUCCCGUCUGCCGUUGCGGCGCUCCGGUUCGAGUGGGCCUGGCAGCACCCAAGCGCCUCGCGUCGCCUGGUGCACGUGGGGCGGCGCGUGCGCAGCGAGACCUCCUUCGCCUUCCACCUGCGCGUGCUAGCGGCCAUGCUGCGCUCGCCGCCCUGGGUACGGCUGCCGCUCACCCUGCGGUGGCUGUGCCCGGACUUCUGCCGUGACCUCUGCCCGCCACCACCUCCGCAUGUGCCGCUGGCCUUUGGGCCACCUCCCAUACCCCAGGCCUUGAAGGACUGCACGCAGGCGAGAGACCAGGGCGCGGGUGACCAGUGCACUCUGUGCGCCUGCGCACUACAAGAUGAAGAGGGCCCUCUGCGUUGUCCCCAUCCCAGCUGUUCCCUGCAGGCCCAUGUGAUCUGCCUGGCAGAGGAGUUCCUCCAGGCAGAGCCAGGGCAGCUUGUGCCCCUAGAAGGCCAGUGUCCUAGGUGUAAGAAUUCGCUGUUGUGGGGAGACUUGAUCUCACUAUGUCGGAUGGGAUCCGAGAAAGACAAUGAUGACUCAGAUUUAGAAGAGGGACACUGGACAGACCUGCUGGAGACCUGAUCCUUACUGUCCCCAACUCUACCCACUAUUUCUUUUGUAUUCCCCUUUCUCCUCUGCUCUUCCCAGGUUUUGAGUAAAUUUUAAAAAAUCUGAGUAAGAAAAAAAUAAAUCUGGAUAAGAAUACUUUGUACAGCGCCUGCCUGGCAAGCACAAGUUCUGAGUUUAAUUCCUGGUACCAAAACAACAAAUUUGUGCUGUUUGUGAUAGUCCUUGAUGGGUGCAACAGAGGAGGGAGUGGAGGAUGUUUCCCCAACCAUAGCACCAGCCUCUCUCCCGCCUGGAAAACCUCUGCUUCCAUUUCCCCAUAGUACCUCAGGUCACAUGAUUCUAGGAGGGCUCCAGAGAAGAGCACCUGUGAUUCAAAUCUCCCACCUCCAGUGCCAAGGUUCAGUUUAGAUUUUAAUCCAGACUAUAUUUAAAGACAGAGGCUGAGGGGGGAGGGAAGCAAUCCCUUUAUGGAUCCUGUGGCUGUCCCCACUCCAAAGUCUACCCUCCUCUUAUACAAAGUUCCUUGCAAUCUUAUAGAAACAGAAGUACUUUAGGUGCUGUUUUUCAUACAAUUAUGAGUGAUGCCUCUGAGUCCCUUGGCUACUGUAGGUAAGGGGCUACCUUCUAUGGACAUUGGACUUCAGUGCCUGUUGUAGAUUAAAAACUGGUGGUCAACUUAAACAUCAGCUGUACUCAAUCAAAGUGGUCCUCCUGAAGAUUUUUGCCAGUAUAAAAAGGAGACUCGGAGAGGAAGAGUGGCAUUGUUCCCCAACAACAGGGUUUCCCUGUUGUUGUUUGGAGCCCUUGGUUCUCCUGGAAGAGCUUGUCAUCCUAGCUCCCCUGAUAGGAACUUGGCUAUUAUCAUCGGAGGAGCCCUGGACUUGUGGCUGAGAAUGGCUGAAGUUCACUUUGGGGGAGCUCUGGUCCUUGCAUUGAGCAUUGCUUCCUGGCUCCCAAGGUGAAGAUGUGUGCUGUUGCAUUUCCAGGAGAAGCUUGUCAUGCUGGCUUUAUUAUCGUCAGAGGAGCUUGAGACCUUACUGUCACUGAAGAUGGCUGUGGUACUUUCCAAGGGAACCCUGGCCCUUGAGUGUUAAUUGUUGUCUCCAGUGUAGAACCCCCAACCACUGGCACAGAUGCUUCCACUGCUGACCUUUUGGCCUUCCCAGCACAGAUGCAUAACCCAGGCUUGCAGAAGUCAUUGUCGUGGGCUCUAGGCCUUCAGUUGGACUUAUGGGAGGCAUUGUCAUUGGCUCUAGGUCAACUGGACUUGUACAGGACAUUGCUGUGCGGCUUAGGCCCUUGGCUGGGUUUUCUAAUCUUUAGUUUAUGGACAGAUUUCCUGCACUUUCUUGUAUUUAACUCUGGGUGACCAUUAUAAAUAAUACUAUUUAAAUAA